CCGUGCGGUGGGAAAUCAUGCUGGGUUUGGGUCAGGCAAAGACUCCUCCAUAGCAACUGGAUUGUGCAGAGGUAGCGAUGCCAAAGUUGGACCCCUAACGAAUCAUUCCUUUUCUCUGCUCUUGGCAACUGGCCACCUGCUUAGUUGGAGACUGUGCGGAGCAGCGGGAGGGACUCUGAGAGGGGAGAGAGCCAGCGGCUGAAGUUUAAUCAUUGAACCAACCAGGCUGAAUGGCUUUGGUUGGGCACUCUUGCUUUUCUGCGGGGAAAUGGCACUGCUGAAGAAGGGCUCCGCGGUUCUCGGGAUAUGAACAAAUAAGCUCUGGAACUGGGAAUAAGCGGCAAUUUCAUCCACACUUGACCCAGCGAUUUGAAAAGAUGUUUGCUGUACACUUAGUCGCUUUUUAUUUUACGAAGCUAAAAGAGGACCAGAUCAAAAAGGUUGAUAGGUACCUCUACCACAUGCGCCUCUCUGAUGAUGUCUUACUGGAUGUGAUGAAACAAUUCCAGGCAGAGAUGGUGAAGGGCCUGGGAAGAGACACCAACCCAACAGCUACCCUAAAAAUGCUGCCAACAUUUGUGCGAUCAACUCCUGAUGGCUCAGAAAAGGGCGACUUCCUCGCUUUAGACCUUGGAGGCUCCAAAUUCAGAGUCCUGAAAGUCAAAGUGUCUGAAGAUGGGAAGCAACAUGUCCAAAUGGAGAGUCAAUUCUACCCAACACCAAAAGAAAUCAUACAUGGGAAUGGAACGGAUCUGUUUAAAUAUGUUGCCGAGUGUCUCACGGAUUUCAUGGAGACCAAGGACAUAAAACACAAGAAACUGCCUCUCGGCUUUACGUUUUCUUUUCCUUGUAAGCAGAAUAAAUUAGAAGAGGGUGUGCUGCUUUCUUGGACAAAGCACUUUAAAGUCCGAGGAGUGCAACAGACAGAUGUUGUGAGCUCUCUCCGCAAAGCCCUCAGGAAACACCAGGAUGUUGAUGUGGACGUCUUGGCCUUGGUAAAUGACACAGUGGGAACAAUGAUGACCUGCGGAUAUGAUGAUCGACGGUGUGAAGUUGGUGUCAUUAUUGGAACAGGCACCAAUGCUUGCUACAUGGAGGAAAUGAGCAAUAUUGAACUUGUGGAAGGCGAUGAAGGGCAGAUGUGCAUCAACACUGAAUGGGGAGCCUUUGGAGAUGAUGGCUCAUUAGAAAGCAUUCGGACUGACUUCGACAGAGAGAUUGACUUGGGUUCUAUUAAUCCUGGGAAACAGCUAUUUGAGAAGAUGAUCAGUGGAUUGUAUUUAGGAGAACUUGUCAGACUUAUCCUUCUGAAAAUGGCAAAGGAAGGUUUACUUUUCAAUGGGAAGUUAUCAACAGAUCUCUGCACUAAGGGCAAGAUUGAGACAAGACAUGUUGCUGACAUGGAGAAAUAUAAAGAAGGCCUGAACAAUACUAAACAAAUUCUGACUGAGCUGGGCCUGACCCCUUCCGAAGAAGACUGCAUUGCUGCACAGCAUGUCUGCACCAUUGUUUCAUUCCGUUCAGCAAACCUUUGUGCCUCAGUCUUAGCGGCCAUUCUGACUCGUCUCCGUGAAAAUAAAAAACUGAUUAGGAUGCGAACAACUGUUGGCAUGGAUGGCACGCUGUACAAGACACACCCACAGUACGCGAAGCGUCUUCACAAAGUAGUCCGAAGGCUGGUCCCCAACUGCGACGUUCGCUUCUUGCUCUCCGAGAGCGGCAGUGCCAAAGGAGCCGCCAUGGUAACCGCAGUUGCCUACAGGUUGUUAUCACAGCGCAAGCAGAUCGAUGAGGUCUUGGCGUACUUCAGAUUAACCAAAGAGGACCUUGUAGAAGUAAAAAACAAAAUGAGAAUGGAGAUGGAGCGGGGCCUGAAGAAAGGAUCGCAUCCGACAGCAACUGUGAGAAUGCUGCCAACCUUUGUUUGUGGAACGCCAGAUGGAACAGAAAAAGGAAAAUUCCUUGCUCUUGAUCUUGGGGGAACAAAUUUUAGAGUCUUGCUUGUAAAAAUUAGAAGAAACAAAUCGGUCCGAAUGUACAAUAAAAUUUUCGCCAUUCCGCUGGAAAUUAUGCAAGGAACAGGGGAAGAGCUGUUUGAUCACAUUGUUCAGUGUAUCGCAGAGUUUUUGGAAUAUAUGGGCAUUAAAGGUGCACAGCUGCCUCUUGGCUUUACAUUUUCAUUUCCCUGCAAGCAAGCAAGCAUUGAUAAGGGAGCUCUCAUUGGCUGGACAAAAGGUUUUAAGGCCACGGACUGUGAAGGAGAGGAUGUUGUUGAUAUGCUCAGAGAAGCCAUUAAACGCAGGAAUGUAAGUUUAGUAGAACUCAUAUUACCUGAACUUCGGAUAUCCAAACAUAUCUUUCUGUCCAUGUAAAUGGAGCAUGCAUUGCAAUUCCUCUUAACACAGACGGC